AUGCCGCCCGCUUCCCUCACCCCACCACAAGUGCCAAACUUGGUCCUGCCCGACCAGGCAGGACUCGAUCCCGUAGUAUCCAGCCAUGGCCGUCCACUGACCAAAGCAUUGACUCAACAGGCUUUCGAGAAUGCCUCAACCAGCGUCGCUGCCUCUCAGAUGCGCAAUGCACUGAACGCUCUGGCUGACUCGGUCACCGAGCCCAGUGAGAAGAAGCGCUUCGAGGCGGAGAUGGACAACUUCUUUGCCUUGUUCCGCCGCUUCCUCAAUGACAAGGCCAAGGGGAACGCCGUCAACUGGGACCGUAUCGCUCCUCCCCAGCCCUCUCAGGUGGUGGGCUACGAUGAGCUCGGUGCCGACGCCUCGGUCGAGUUCCUCAACAAGCUGGCCGUGGUGAAGCUGAAUGGUGGUCUCGGUACCUCCAUGGGUUGCGUCGGCCCCAAGUCCGUCAUCGAGGUCCGUGAGGGCAUGUCCUUCCUGGAUCUGUCGGUCCGCCAGAUUGAGCACCUCAACCGCACCUUCAACGUCAACGUGCCCUUUGUUCUCAUGAACUCCUUCAACACCGACCAGGACACCCAGUCCAUCAUCAAGAAGUACGAGGGUCACAACGUCGACAUCAUCACCUUCAACCAGUCGCGCUACCCCCGCAUCAUCAAGGACUCGCUGCUGCCUGCUCCCAAGAGCUUCGACUCCCCCCUCCAGGAUUGGUACCCCCCCGGUCACGGUGACGUCUUCGAAUCCCUCUACAACUCCGGCACACUGGACAAGCUGAUCGAGCGUGGCAUCGAGUACAUCUUCCUGUCCAACGCGGACAACCUGGGUGCCGUGGUGGACCUCCGCAUCCUGCAGCACAUGGUCGACUCCCAGGCCGAGUACAUCAUGGAGCUGACGGACAAGACCAAGGCCGACGUCAAGGGUGGUACCAUCAUCGACUACGACGGCAAGGUCCGUCUGCUCGAGAUUGCCCAGGUGCCCAAGGAGCACGUCAACGAGUUCAAGUCCAUCAAGAAGUUCAAGUACUUCAACACCAACAACAUCUGGAUGAACGUCCGCGCCAUCAAGCGCGUGGUCGAGGAGAACGAGCUCGAGAUGGAGAUCAUCCCCAACGAGAAGUCCAUCCCCGCCGACAAGAAGGGCGAGGCGGACCAGGCCAUCUACCAGCUGGAGACCGCCGUCGGUGCCGCCAUCCGUCACUUCAAGAAUGCCCACGGUGUCAACGUGCCCCGUCGCCGCUUCCUGCCCGUCAAGACUUGCUCCGACCUGAUGGUCGUCAAGUCCGACCUGUACCGUCUGGAGCACGGCCAGCUCGUCAUGGACCCCAACCGCUUCGGUGGUGUCCCCGUCAUCAAGCUCGGCUCCGACUUCAAGAAGGUCUCGGACUUCCAGAAGCGCAUCUCCUCCAUCCCGCGCAUUGUCGAGCUGGACCACCUGACCAUCACCGGUGCGGUUAACCUGGGGCGCAACGUCACCCUCAAGGGCACCGUCAUCAUCGUCGCGACCGAGGGCAGCACCAUUGACAUUCCUCCCGGUUCCGUCCUGGAGAACUGCGUCGUCCAGGGUAGUCUCCGCAUCCUGGAGCACUAG